AUGAAGUACAAUAGUGAAAAUACAUCUUGUUUAGAUAAUAGUAAUUCCAAUAGUUUAAAAAACAAUAAUUUUAAUAGUAAUAGUAAUAAUAAUAAUUUAGAAAAUAAUAAUCUUGUACCUUUAUCUCAAAAUAAUAAUAACAAUAAUAAUAAUAAUAAUAAUAUUAAUAAUGAUAAUCAUAAUAUAAAUAAUAAAAAUGAUAACAAUGAAAAUAAUGUAAAUUAUAUGAAACCGCUUGAAGUAAAAGAGGUAACACAAGCACCAGUCAAUAAUGAAGAUCAAUAUCCAGUGUUUAUCAACUAUUUAUAUUAUUAUCAUUUAUAUUCGAAUGUAACAAUCGAGUCACCAUCAUUUUUCAAAUAUAACCAAACCGAUUUUAAGGAGAUUCCUGCACGUGGUUUUUCCAAUCCCUCGGUUGGAUCCAUGGAUUUGUUGGCUCGUGAAAUCGAUCAUCUAAUGCAAGGUGAAAGAGAUAGCAAAAUCACUGACAGAAUCAAUUUCGUCGAGAGAAGAAGACUGGAAGCAGAGAUCACCAAUGAUUUCUACGAGUAUGAAGAGAAUUUAGAUCGUAUUGAAAAGGCCAAGAAAUCUCUGGAUCUCAACAUAUUGCCAAGACCAAUGCUGGAGAUGCCACUGAAAUCGAUCUAUCCCAAACCAUUGAUCUCUGCACCAUAUCUAUAUCUUCAUGUACCAAAGACAGGUGGAAACUCUAUUAUAUAUCUCUUUAGAAAGACAUUUGGUAGUGUCAAAGCUUAUCAACAGUGGAUUCAUCCAAGUUAUAUUGAUAGAAAUGUAGUGAGUGGAAGGAAAGCAGUAGUGGGUCAUUACAAUUAUGGUAUUCAUUCCUAUUUGAAUAAAGAAGAACAACAAACCUAUUCAUAUAUGACAAUGUUGAGAGAUCCAAUUGAUAGAGUUAUCUCUCAUUACUAUUAUCAUAGAGAACAAAUCAAUGAUGAAGGUCAUCAAUUGGCAAUGCAAUUAGAUUUUAAAGAAUGGAUUAAAAAAUCACCAAGAGGACAAAAUGAACAAACUAGAGUAUUGGCUGGUAUCUCUGUUGAGGCCGAACCACUUGUAACAAAUGAAUCAUUUAGACAAGCUUUAUAUCAUUUAAGAAAGAUGAAAUUUGUUGGAAUUACAGAGAGAUUUACAGAAUCAAUUGUAUUGAUGAAAUAUUAUUGUGGAUUAACAGAUUUAACAGAGGUUAAAUCCAAUAAGAGAAAGGCUACCACCAAUUUAUCAUCAAUCCCCCAAGAUGUUAUCGAUCUCAUUAGAGAAUACAAUUGGAUGGAUAUCCUAUUGUAUCAAGAAGCUUUGAAAAUGUUUGAAAGACAACUUGAUAUCGUUGGUAGAGAUUUGGUUCAUAAGGAACUCAACUUAAUUAAGCAACCAUCCUUCAAUAACAAUAGAAGACCUUAA